CUUAAGAGGGGCGGCCAAUCAGAAUCUUUCUUCUUUACGCAGACCACAACAUUCGUACAAACCAAUUGUUCAUUUAUCCACUGACACUAAAUUCAACGAAAACAACAAAGAAACCCACAAUUUCGAUGUAUAAUUGACUCAAAGGCUGGGACUGGUGUUCAAGAUGGGGCAAGGAAACAGCCAGUUCACCGAAAUGGAGUUAGAGGAAUAUCAGGAUCUGACAUAUUUCACCAAAAAGGAGAUAUUGUACGCCCAUAAACGCUUCAAGCAAUUGGCCCCAGAGAAGGUAGGACACAACCGUAAUGCAAAGCUACCCAUGGACAAGCUCUUGACACUCCCAGAACUUCAGGCCAAUCCAUUCGGAGAACGGAUGUGCCUCAUCUUCUCAUCGACAAAGGAUGGUGACUGCACAUUUGAAGAUUUCCUAGAUAUGAUGUCUGUGUUUAGUGAAGCUGCUCCGAAGACAGUGAAAGCAGAAUAUGCAUUCCGCAUUUUUGAUUUUGAUGGGGAUGACUAUCUUGGCAGAAGAGAUUUAGAAAAAACAAUCAACAAACUUGUAGCUCCCCAGCAGUUCAAGCCUGAAGACAUGGAGGCAUUGGUUACAAGGGUUUUAGAAGAAGCUGAUUUGGAUGAUGAUGGCAUGCUUGCUUUUGCAGAGUUUGAGCAUGUCAUAUCCAAGUCUGCAGAUUUUGCCAAUUGCUUCAGGAUCAGGCUGUAAAUUUUCAAAUGACAAUGCACCUGUCAGCCAUGAUUAUGGUAUGCUCUUCCAUACAAUUGCACAAUCCUCCCAUCAUUGCCAUAGUGAAAUGACUCUACAUCUGAUUUAUAAUCACAGAUAACCUACUCAUAGUUUAAUACUCAGUUAGUGCCCUCAUAUUUCUGGAAGAAAACAAGAAGGUAUCACAAAAAAAGGUUUGCUUACCACAGAGACAUUAAACCUGAUAACUCCAGGUGUGUGUGGAGAAUGAAUAACCGGUAGCCUGCCUUUCAGCCAUAUUCCAUGCCAUACAAUGAUCUAUGUAUGCACUGUAUUUGAAUUGUGUACGUACUCAAAAGAAAUUUUGGUGGCCUUUGUGUAAUGCAUGAUUUUACUGUUUUACCAAUAACAUCUGAGAUAUUUAUUGGCCAUUUGUGUGGAUUCACAUGUGGAAAGGUAUGAAUGAAAAUGAAAAUGCAUUUCAUGAUAACUAUGAAAUACUUAUGAUAAUUUACAUAUUUUGUGACCAACAGAUGAUACUGUAAGCUACCAAGUUGUAAUCAUGUUGGUGUCGACUGGAACUAUUAACUAGAGUAUACUAAUAGCAUUACUAUUCAUUAGAAGAUAUUUAUUGGCUACUAAAGAUUGUAUUUUGACCAUCCUAAAGAUAUUCAAAAACUGUUUGUCUUGCCACCUGGAGUUAUCUGGUUAGGUCAAGUAAGCAUCCUUCAUUAAUCUUAGUUGUCAUUAAGCAGUUUUCCUUGAACUUGAAUUUUUUGAUGUGGUCAGAACUGACUCUUACAAUGUGGUAUAUGGAAUCUCAUUAGACUUAUCACUAUUUACAUGAGUUGGAAUGGUAAUAGAGGAUUGAAUGCACACUUUCUGAUAUUGCUACAUAUGUAACUAUUGCAUCUUCAGUUUAAAAGAAACCACCACUGUAUUCAGGAGAGGGUCAUCCUGGUAACUGUUGGAACUACACAUACUUACUAGAAUUUUAGAAUGGUGUAGCAUUGAGGGCUAAUUCUUUUAUUAGAAAGCAUAUUUAUUGGACCCUUUACCCCUUAACGAUGGGUCACGUCUAUAGAUGUCAAAACAAACCGCUCGAAAUGUGGCGUACGGCUGUACGCUGCGGCGGCGUGCCUAAGCGCUCCGAGGCGGUGAUUCGGCUUGAUGUACCGAACUCCUGCGCUCAAAGUUGGCGCGUUGCCAUGGAUCGCCAGAGCGUAGAGUUUUUUUUUAGUUUUCUUCACCCAUCACCAAUGGGUUAAUGAGUACCCUCCAAGAUGGCCUUAUCUUGAGGAACCUUCAACUUAUGGUAUUACAGCAAACUAAUGGCCAAUCCUCACACCUUCUUGCACAAUUGGUAUGACUCUUUAUAUUUUUUGCAAGGCUUGGUAGCCCUACAAAAGUAACUGCGUUUGGUGAAGUCUUAUUAGUAUGCUUGAACAUUCAUAUAAAAUAUGUUUUGAUUCUUAUUCUUAGUGAGACUACUGGUGUAAUUUUGAAUGCCCACCAACACUAGCCUGGAAUUUUGUGCAUUUUUUUUUUCUCUCAUACCCUUAGGACAGCAGAUGAAAAAUCAUAAUGAUAUAAGAGAUAAAUGCUACAUGUAGAGGUUUUACAGAAUUCUCUGAUGAUUACAAUGGUGCAAACAAAAUUGUGACUGGUAGGCUCUUAAUACCUUAAUAUCUCGAUUUAAGAUGUAAAAAAAAUACUUUGCAAUUAAGUAUACACAAUUUCUUGUAAGUUUGGUUAUCUGCUAAUGCAUUGUGUCCAACCUGGGAUUGGCAGCCUAGUUCCAUUUGUUCCAAAAGCUAUGCGGAAAGACCAAGAAAAUCCACACACUCACAUGUCGGCCUACGUAUGUUUAUAUUCACACACAAUAGUUGUAGCAUAACUUCAACACUUCCACAUUUUUCAUUUCAUAGGAGGGAAAUGAAAGUAAACUAGAUUUUAUAACAUUUUAUGUUGUUUUGGUGUUUUCUUCCAGUGCACAAAACUGUUGAUUGGCCAGCAUUCACAUAAUGCAUGUUCUUUAUAUAAUCUUCAUUGUCUUCCCAUUUGUAAUUGGUUUCAUCAGCCAUGGGAGCACGUAACAGAUAAUAGGAUGUAACAAGUAGAAAAAUACUACUGUGCUGUAGUUAUUAGAUUAUUCACAAUGUUAGAGUCAUUCUGAUGCAUCACUUAUAGGAAAGGAAUGAAGGGCAGCUGUGAGGCCUGGUUUACCCUCACUUAAACCCUCCCUUAAAUCUUCCAAUAAUUUGAGGACGGAAGAUAAAGGUGAACGAGUGAGUGUGAAUUUGAAAUACCAUAAAGGGAUGGGGACACUUUAAUGGCCCCUUAAAAUGUCUGCAAUAAGGGCAUCAGGGUUCUGUGUGGGGAAGUUUGGUAAUUGAGUCACAACAGAUCCUCAAAAUACUGGUCAUAUAUAUCGUUUGUAUCAUUGAUAUUAUUGGUAUUUUAUUUGUGUAACAUAUUUUGAGUAGAAGGAUCUCUUCAAUGUUAAGUAAAUUUUAAGAUAAAUUUUAUAAGAUUCCAGCAUGUCAAAUGAAAUUGAAAUCAAGAAUUACAGAAUCUCAGUGUUUUAUUUUUAAAAAGUAAGUGAAUAUAUCAGUUCUUUUUCUUAGUGCACAAGCAGCAUUUAUAGAUGUGUUUCCUUUUUUAUAAUUGUUUUUCACAUAUAUAUAUUUGUGCAUGAAUUCCUUCUUUACUCAAAAUGUAGAAGAGUCUUAUUUACAUUGAUAUCCAUUUAUAUGUCACUUUGUUACACUGCUGAAUAUCAUUAUUAAGAAUCACUACUUAAUUUGUUUAUUACUGUUAAAGAUAAAAUUUACAUAGAUAUUUCCCUAAAAUCAUUAUUUAAUAUAAUACAAAAUAUUUAUCUUUAGUAUUUAUUUUUAAAGUGUUUUAUAAAAUAGCUGAUAUAUGUUUGUAUUGUUAUAGAUUUUAUAUGGAUUUUUAUUUUUAAAAAUCUUAUAUCUCUUGGUUUGACUAUUAACAUUUUCAUACUGUCUGCAAAGGCACAUCAUUUCUAUUGUAAAUAUAUGUUAGAAUAAGUCUUUUGUGAUAAUCAAACCUCUGAAAUGUAUUAAAUACCAAAGAUUAA